AUGGAACGUAUGGACAGCGUGCCAAAAGUGGGCAACGGCUCACAAGUUGGACUACGCACCCGAAAAAACUGCAGCAGUUUUCGCGGCAGCAAGGGGAGGAAGGGAUGGAAUGGUUUUCCGGGAACCAAGAGUCCGGAUGGGGGAGACAAUUGUCAUACCCAAAGGCUCGAUGAAGUACUUGGGAAUCAUUAUCAAUCGGGGACUUCUCUGGGUGGAACACACGAAAUACGUGGCCGGAAAGGUGGCAGCUGCUUCACACAAAAAGGGCCGCAUCCAGCAGACCAAAGGCUCACAUGGCAGGAAUUAGUGGACUCUACGACAGAGGGAACGUGGAUCUUUACAGACGCUUCUCGAGGCAACAACGGAGUGGGCGUGGGGAUCGUCAAGAUCAAGGAUGGUAAUGUAUUCAAUACUGAAGGUUUAGUGUUACAGGAGGACUACCCAACACACAUGACAGAGCUGUGGGCGUUGAGGGUCGCGGCAAGAGAACAGCCAGGAGCGAACGGCGAAACAAUCCACUUUGCCACUGAUUCCAGAGUGGCGUUGGACAUGCUUUGCGGAAGGAAAGGAGGUACAGCUCACAAUAUCUGGAAGCAAAUGCAGAGGAUCCAAGACGAGGGUGCCACAGUAAAACUGUGGUGGGCAUCGGAGACUUUUACGGGUAACAGGAAGGCGGACCAAAUUGCAAGGCAGGCCAGAGAAGAGCCGGACAGGUUCCCUCGAGAGCAGGCUCCCCUGACUGGGAGGGAUGCACAGAAGGCGACCAUGGAUAGAUGGCAGCAAGAAUGGGAUCGCAAUGACAAGGGCAGGGCCACACACAGAAUAAUCAGUGUUGUUAGUGGCAGAUUACGAGGAUGGAGCCACCGCGCAGUGUGCCUUCUGACAGGCCACGGACCGUUCAGAGGGUACUUUAACAGGUUCCAUUUGCGCGAGGGAAACGGUGAGUGUCUUUGCGAGAUCGGAGUGCAGGACACGGCGGAACACGCACUCACGGAGUGCACGGACGACGAGCGAGAGACAACUUUAGGAGAGCGCAGGAACGAGUCGGAGGGACGUACCCACUCAGAGUAA